AGAAAGAGAAAGAAGACAAAGUUUUUCACUAACGACGUGAGAUCUCUCCUCUAUGCGUUUGGUGAUGUUGCAAAUCCCUUGCCAGAGACUGUCAGUACUCUUGAAGAUAUUCUAAUAUCUUAUGUCAUUGAUACAUGUCAUGAAGCAUCAGCUUAUGCUAAGACUACAAGACGUCAAAAAAUCAAAGUGGAAGACUUUAAAUUUGUUCUAAGGAGAGAUCCUGUUAAGCAUGGUCGUGUUGGUGAAUUAUUAUCAUUACAAAAAGUCAUAGCAGAUGCAAGAAAGCAAUUCGAUAACAGUGAAGGAAAAAGUUUAAAGAAUUUGAACUAUGAGAAAGACGAUGAUGAUGAUAAGGACCUUGAUGAUCUUGAUGAUACCGCUAAUCCUGGUGAUGAU